AUGACCCUGCUACAGAAUAAACUCAUCCCAGAGAGCCAGCACACCGGAGACACUGUAGCCGCAAGAGUAGCGGGAGGCACUGUCUUCCGGUUACCCGUCGCCCGGGUUCACCUGGAUUGGGGGGUUGGUUCGGGACAUGUGAAUGUGGGGGUGAUGAAGGAUUUGCCAGCAGAUGUACUACUGGGGAAUAAUUUGGCCCCCCUUGUUUCUGAUUACGCCUCGAUGUGCCCCACUGAAGCCCACACAGUGACUACCUUUGUCCAGACCCGUGCUGCUGGAACUAACCCGCUUGCUGCUGAGACUCGGGUAAGACUAUCUCCCCCGACAGGUACCGUAGAUCAGGCACAAUAUCACAGUCUAAAAUGGGAAUGUGACAAGUUGGCCAGUGAGAAAUCGGAGAUGCAACGACACUACGUCAUGUAUUAUGAGAUGUCCCGUGGCUUGAACAUUGAAAUGCACAAACAGGCUGAAAUUGUCAAAAGGUUAAAUGGAAUUUGUGCCCAGGUUGUGCCUUAUCUCUCCCAAGAGCACCAGCAACAUGUUUUGGGAGCCAUUGAGAGAGCAAAGCAAGUGACUGUUCCAGAACUGAAUUCAAUUAUUCACCUUCGUCAGCGGACCCGAUUGCCAUGCAGCUCUGAGAAUAUCCUCUUUAAUCCUGUAAAAGUGUAUCCUACAGAGCACAUCUUGUGGUUUAAUCUGAGUGUGACUUAUUAUGAAGUUUCAAAUGUGGGUCCAUUACACUCUGCUUUGUCUCCAAUUUAA